UCUUCUGGGAAAAAAAAAUGGGUAAGUUUCAAGAAGAGAAGGCUCUUGCAGGUGAUCGUUGCCUCAGUAGCCUUGAAGAGCAGAUUUCGGUGUUUUACGGUGAAGAUUCCGGUGACUUUGAUCGGCCUGUCGUAGACGAUUUCGGUGAUUAUGAAUCCAAUGGCAGUGGAGAUCAUGAUUCCACCGAGCGGACCCUGUUCUGGGAAUCCAAACAGGACCUGCUUCUGGAAAUUCUAGAGUAUAGUAGCUCAACAGGAUCAAAACUACGUGAAGAAGUUAAAAAAGCAUUGCAAAGGGCAAGAGAGAGAGAAUUGUGUAAAUGCAGCAACCCUAGCUUUAAUGGCUGUCCUAAAUGCUUCCGGCAAGCGGUCGUCGAUCAUCUUUCCGAUAAGGGACUCAAUGCAGCACUCUGCAAAUCCAAAUGGAAGUCUAAUUCAAAGAUCCAUGGAGGAACACAUGAGUACAUAGAUGUAAUUUUUAGCAGCAGCAGCAGCUUAGGACAUAAGAAGGAAUCCAGGUACUUAAUUGAAUUGGAUUUCCGGGCUGAAUUCGAGAUGGGAAAAGCUUGUGAUGAAUACAGGAAUUUGGUAAAUCAAUUGCCCGAAUUUUUCGUUGGUAAACUGGAAAAAUUAAAUGCGAUUUUACGUGUUGUAUGCGAUGCGGCGAAGAGAUCUGUGAGCGAAAUGAAAAUUCAUAUGGGACCAUGGAGAAAGAAAAGAUUUAUGCAGAUGAAAUGGUCAGCUCCUUAUCAAAGAUGUUCUUCUUCCAAGAAACAAUCCUCUAUUGAUUCUUCUGUAUUGUCAAGGCAGGUUCAUAUGUCCAUUCCCAAAUAUUGCCUACAGUUUGCUGCACCUACAGCAUUAGAAGUCACCUGAAAUCUUAC